AGCCAAUCAAUGUAGGCGUUGUACCAAUAAUCCGCAUGUAUACUGGAGCAGAGGACAUCCAAGUGAAAAGACGCCAAUUAUUUCUUUGAAAAAGCGGAGCAUUUCAUCACAAGUGUAGCGGAAUUGAUUCUCUCUUUGAUGCGAGUGGAACCACUGUUCCAGGUGUCGCACGAGCAGGGUCGAUAAAGUCAAGAUCUUUAAGAUGUUGAAAGUUUUAGUAAAAGGAGCAACUAAUCUACCAGACGUCGAUAGGCUUAGUGGCAAGAGCGAUCCCUAUGCGGUAGUCAGCUUCAGAGGUUUGGAAGAAAAAACCGAAACCAUCAAAGAUGACCUCAACCCUGUCUGGAAUAAGGAUAUUCAGUUUGAUCUUAAUGGCCGUGCGUUGUCACAAGAUGAUGAGCUAGUCGUGACGGUCAAAGACUGGGAAAAAGUGCUUACCCAUCGUUCUCUAGGUUCUGUGAAUAUUCCUUUAAAAAGCCUCAUCAAAAGCAAAAGUCCAAAACAAGACAAAGAUCUAGUUCUACUGGAUGCUUCACAACGACCAACCAAGGGAAAUAUCCAGUUAACUAUUGAGUAUGACGCUCCACCUGAACCAGAAAAACAAGAGGAAGAAGAUGAAGAAGAACUAUAUGAGGAAGAAGAAGAAUCAGGUGCUGCCACUAAGCCAGGAGGCAAAAGAUCAAGAAAAAGACGAAAACGAAGACAGUUAUCAGAUAAAGUGCAAGAUUUUCAGAUACGCAUUAAGGUGUUUGAAGCUCGUCAAUUGUCGGGUAAUAAUAUUCAUCCAUUGGUUCAAGUUAGUGUAUCUGAUGAAGAACAAGUUACACAAGCUAAGAAGUGUACAAACAGACCUACCUACAACAAGUCGUUUGCGUUCAACUUCCACGCGUCUCCUGCAGAGUUGUUUGAUGAUUAUAUCAUGUUUGAGGUGUUCGACUCUCUUAAAUUCCGAGUGGAUGAACUACUGGGGAGUUUUGAGAUCACUAUUGGCGAGAUUUACGAUAUGAAAGGUCAUUCUGCUAUACGAAAAUGGAUGCUACUGAGUGGUCCAAGGGACACAGAUAAAGAUGAAGACGAGGAAAAGAAAAAGGAGGAAGAGCAAAGCAAGUUGAAAGUCAAAAAGAAAACCAAAAAAAGACCCCGAGGGAGUGGAACACCAGCAGGAUAUUUGAAAGCAACGAUCAUUGUACUUGGGCCUGGUGAUGAACCUCCGCCACCUUCUAAGCUUGCUGGAGAAGAUGACAAUGAUGAUGUCGAAUCGAAUCUUUUACGUCCUUCAGGAGUUGACCUUCAACCUGUAGUUUUCUCGGUGAAAAUAUUCAACGCAGAAGACAUACCUCAAAUGGAUUCGGCGGCCAUGCAGGGAAUCAAGAAGUUCUUUGGUUUUCACAAGAGCGGAGAUAAACUUGUUGAUCCAUAUGCAGUCUUGACUUUCGCUGGUAAAAAGGUUGAAACAUCCAUAAAGUACAAAAAGGAUAACCCUGAAUUCAAUCAGAUUCUUCGUGUUCGAUCUCGGUUCCCAUCGAUGUGUGAUGUAUUCAAGCUUCAGCUUUUUGACUGGGAUCGAUUAACAGAGGACGACUGUAUUGGCACUGCUUACAUAUCCAUACCAGAAAUAUCAGGAACAGGCGACGAAGGUUUCCUACCGACGUUUGGUCCAUGUUUCGUUAACUUCUACGGCUCGCCUAGAGAAUUCUCUGAACUUCCUGAUGAAUUUGAUGACCUUAAUUUUGGAAAGGGCGAAGGAGUUGCAUACAGAGGACGAAUGAUGGUUGAGAUCGCUACAGAGCUUGGCGAAGAAGUCGAGAAAGAAGUGGAUAAAAUAAGCUCCCAGGAUGUUAUUAGGACCCAGCCUCUGCUUCGACGUUGUAAGUACAAACUGUUUGCUUGUUUCUACGAGGCCUCAAUGGUGUCAGAAGUGGACGGACCUGUAGAAUUUGAAGUCAGCAUUGGUAACUAUGGCAACAUGAUGGACGAAUCAGUGGCUCCUUCCAAUACGCCGCCUUGUAAUGCUGUUUACGAUGGCUGCAGCUACUAUUACCUUCCGUGGAGCAACAAUAAACCGUGUGUCUGCGUGGAAAGCUACUGGGAAGACAUUGCUUUCAGGCUAGAGCCACUAAAUGCGCUGGAAAGGAUUAUCAAUCRACUGGAAAAGAAGUUGCAAGCUGUGCAAGAAAGAGUUGCUGAGAAACAACCUGCAAAGGACAUUGCAACGGCAAUUUUUGAAAUUCUUGACCAACUGAUCGCAGACUGCACGGGAUUACUGCCAGCUCCAAAAGGACGCUUCAACCUGCUGGAUAGAAAGAUUAACAAGCAAAGACAGCAAGAAAUGCAAUAUAUAGCAACAGAGGCAACUGCAUUGAAGGAACACGCUACUGAUAUACAAACAACUCUCAACACGAUACAAGGAUAUUUGGACUCUCUACGUGAUUUACUUAUCGAGCCUCAGAACUGCAUCCCUGACGUCAUUAUUUGGAUGAUCAGUGGGGCAAACAGAAUUGCUUACCACAGGGUUCCCGCCCAUGAAAUAUUGUAUUCACCUACUGAAGAAGGGCGUGGUAGAAACUGUCGGAAAACAAUGGAGAUCUUAUUCAAGUAUCCUGGUAAGAAAGCUCUGGAUCACAAAGACCAUCCAGAACUCCCAGCGGUCGUCAGACUACAAAUGUGGUUUGGCCGAGAGGAACAUCAAGGGGACUGGAGUGGAAGGAAGCACGCUGAUCACGGAGAAUUCUGCAUUUAUGCUGAAACUUACGAGAAUGAGAUGUCAGUAGCAGGAUUUUGGACCAAGAAAAUGCUACCACGACCUGGUUUUUCUAGUGUCAACGGCGAAGUUCCACUCGCGAAGGAUAAGUUCAAAGCUCCUGAAGGUUGGAAGUUUGAUGGAGAUUGGUUCAAGAAUCCUGAGUUAAGUAUGGCGCUUGACAGCGACUCUGGUCACAAGUUCUUUCUUCAAGAUGUCUUUGAGAACGAGUCCCGUAUGAUCCCAGGAGGAGCCUGGGGCAAGGCUUCUGUCCCAUGGACCAACGUGCAAAACGACCCCUCUGAAGGACCAGAAAAUAUAAAAUGCCCGCCAGGAUGGGAGUGGAGUUACGACUGGCAGAUUGACAUCAACAGAGCCGUCGAUGAGGAAGGCUGGGAGUAUUCAGUUGAUGUCUCGUACGGAGCGUAUGGACCAAUACAGAAGGCGUAUCAUCUUGUACGUAGAAGACGGUUAGUCAGAAACAGGGAACUARAGGAUCCUAAUGCUGCAGUCAAGAAGGCUGAGAUAGCAGAAUUUGCUAAGGAAGGAUGGGAGUACGCAAAUCUCUUCACCACAAGAUUCCACGCCAAGGAAAGAAAGAUGGAUUUCGUGCGAAGACGUAGAUGGCACAGAAAGAUGGUGAUGGUUGGCGGUCAAGAAACUCCUCCUGAACUGCCACCAAUCUUCGUGAUGCAUGUGGAUGGAGAGAAUGACGCUAAAAGCUGCAUUCGCAACAUGCCAAGAAUGUUUGUGACAUUCAAAAAACCUCGUAAUUUUCAGUUGUGGGUUUAUUUGUACCAAGCACGUGACCUUCUGUCCAAAGAUGAGAGCGGCAUGAAUGAUUGUUAUGUAAAUGUGGCGUUUGGUAAGCAAAGCCAAUGUACCGAGGUACUUACCCAGACUCUGUGUCCAUGCUGGGACCAGACACUGAUCUUUGAUGAUGUGGAAAUACAUGAAAGUCUGGAUGACAUUGUUGCGCAUCCGCCACAAGUCUUUCUGGAGUUCUUUGACAAGGACGCCUUUGGAAAAGAUGAUUAUAUUGGCAGAUGCAGCCUCCUUCCCGUGGUCAGAYUCCAUGGACAUCAAAUCCCUGAGCCCAGCCUGGAGUGGAAUGAUAUCUAUGUUGGAGCGACUCGACAAGGUCAAGUUCUUGCUGUCUGUGAGCUUUUUCUGGACGAAGGAUCAGAACUUCCCUUUACUCCACUCCAGCGAGAUGAAGUGUUCCAAGUAAGAGAUGGUGUGAGACCAGAGACACAAAGAGCAGCCAUCGAGGUACUAUCGUGGGGAGUAAGAAACAUGAAAAAGUUCGAGCUUACCAACGUGACGUCACCGUGCAUCGAGUUUGAAUGUGGUGGAUAUGUGACGUCAUCAGCUGUAAUUAAAAACACCAAGAAAAAUCCAAACUUUGAUCAACCUGCUUUACCAAGGGUGAUCAUGCACCUGCCAGUCAAGGAAAUCUACUGUCCACCAAUCAACAUCCGUGUUCGUGACAACAGAACCUUUGGUCGUCGUCCAGUAGUUGGUGUUCAUUCAAUCAAAUCCUUGGCACCAUAUAAAUGUACCAUGCCUGUCAAAUCUACGGGUGCCGCUGCUGGGAUACCCAAGAAACCUCCUCGUACUACAUCUACGUCGAGUCAGCAGUCACAUGUCGUUACCAUGACACCAGAACAGCACCACGAAAUACAAAAGAAACAAAAGGAAGCGGACGCUAAGAUCGACUGGUGGUCCAAGUUUUAUGCAUCGAUUGGUGACGUCGAGAAAGCUGGCACGUAUCUUGAACAGGGAUAUGAAACUAUGACGAUCUACCAAACACAGCUGGAGAAGGUUGACAAGUUUAAAGGAUUUAAUGACUUUAUCAUGUCAUUUCCUCUUCGCCGUGGGAAGCAAGAUUUAGACGAUGAUGAAGAAGAGGAUGAAGACUCGAAAGCAGGAGAGUUCAAGGGUACGUUUCGAGUGUACCCCCUCCCUCCAGAGGCUUCAUUGUCCUCUCUUUCUGAUACCGUCUUUGCAAAUUUACCGCCAAGUAGACCACAGGAAUGCAUCGUUAGGGUCUAUCUUGUCAAGGCACUGGACUUGCAGCCACGAGAUGCAAACGGAAUGGUUGAUGCAUAUCCAGUGAUUUCCAUCGGGAAGCAAAAGAUAGACGACGAAGACAAUUACAUAGCCAACAGCUGUAAUCCAGAAUUCGGAAGAAUGUAUGAACUGACAGCCAACAUCCCACUUGCUAAAGAUUUAAAGAUCGCCAUCAAAGACCGUGAUGUCCUGGGUAAAGAUGACGUUAUUGGUGAGACUGUGAUUGAUCUGGAACAGAGACUUCUGAGCAGCUACCGUGCUACGUGUGGACUGCCAAAAGACUACUACAGUUCAGGAGUCAAUAAGUGGAGAGACUGUCAAAAGCCAAAGAAAAUCCUGGAAGAGUGGUGCACACUCCACAACAAGCCCCCGCCAUCUUAUAGACCUGACUCCAUUACGGUAGACAACAGAAUUUACACUACCCAAGAUCUUAAAGGGUUGGUAAGAGAAGACGACAUGGCGCAUAGACAUCUUGGUCCCGUUGAACAGCGACUAGCACUUCACGUACUGAACCAAAACAACCUGCUGCCUGAACACGUCGAGACAAGACCGCUGUACACCUUGAAGCAACCACGAAAUGAACAGGGAAGACUUCAGUUGUGGGUAGAUAUCUUCCCAAAGCAUCUCGGGAAGCCAGGACCCCAAGUCAACAUAUCAGCACGUGUGCCAAGAAAACAUGUUGUCCGUGUCGUGGUGUGGAACACUAGCGAUGUGUACCUAGAGGAGACGUCUGUCACAGGAGAGAAAAUGAGCGACAUCUUUAUCAAAGGAUGGCUAGAUGGCAUUGAUGAUUCUGAAGAAACUGAUGUCCACUACAGAUCCUUGAAUGGCGAAGGCAACUUCAAUUGGCGUCUUAUCUUUCCUUUUAUGUACCUUCCAUACGACAAGAAGUUGGUCGUGACAGAAAAGGAGCACUUAUGGAGUAUCAGCGCGACAGCCAAGAAGAUGGUUCCGAAACUGAUGAUCCAAGUAUGGGAUAAUGAUAUCAUUGGCUCGGAUGACUUUAUUGGAAGUGUAGAGCUAGACUUGACACACAUGCUUAAACCAUCACCCAAGCCAAGAGGAUGUAAGCUGCCUACAAGUCAAUCUAAUGAUGAUCGAUUGGAUCUGUUCAGUAAGAAGGUAUCUCGUGGUUGGUGGCCUGUGAGCGCCACGAAGGAUGGCAAAGAAAUACUGACGGGAAAGGUGGAGAUGACAAUUGAAAUCUUGACAGAAGAAGAAGAAAAAGCGAGACCGGCUGGAAAGGGACGUGAAGAUCCCAACAAGAAUCCACCGCUUCCAGAACCAAAUCGUCCUGCCACGUCGUUCUUGUGGUUCACAUCACCAUUCAAGACACUCAAGUACAUCAUCUGGAGGAGAUACAAAUGGGUUAUACUGGGACUACUGCUUCUCAUCAUUCUUAUUCUGUUCAUUGCUCUACUCCUCUAUUCUGCACCUGGCUACACUGUGAAGAAGAUCAUGAAUGCUUGAAGACCACCCGAUGACGUCCGUCCACCACCACCACGAAAAAACGAGACACCCACGAUGCAGUGCGGACCCAUUUGAUCAGUGAAUGUCAGAAAUACACAACUUUAAAACCAAAGCCUUGAAAACGACGAUAAACUGGGCGGGAAAUGUCUUAAUUUUAAUAUUUAAAACAAUACACUAAAUCACUUAAUUUAAUGAACUUUCUUUCUUAAUAAGUAAGACAAAAAAAAUUAUGCCGCUUGUUCUGAGAAGGUCUUGAAAUUAAUUUUAAAUUAAUUUUUUAAUCAAUUUUUAGUCUUCAAUUUUUAAAAGCUUUAUAACCCGUUUACCGAAUUUGUCUGAAAAUCCACACUCUUAAGAAAAGUUAUAAAGGUUCUAAAAAGACAAAUGAAUUUCGUAACAAAAAAAUCGAGAUAUAAUCUAAUAGUGAUAAAGAUAUCACCGACAACGGCGCGCGGAUGAGAUGGAAUCGAUGGAAAGGAAUAUUAACGCUUAAUUACUAUCACGUUGAUAUUUCACAUUUUAGUAUGUCAAAAAUGUCAGUAUGUUAGUAUAGUAGAAUGUGUGAAGCUCGCCUAUACUAGAGGGAAAAGUAAAUAAAAUCGGCUAGGACUGUCUCAAUGUUGACGUUGUUGAAAAUUUUCGAUUUUCGAGACUUAAUUAUCUUCUUCAGGACGAUAACUUACGGCCAUGACGUCUUUGAAAAAGAAUCUUAAUGCAUGGCUUAAGAGGUUAGAAUAAAUCAAUGGAAACUAACAGUGGUUCCACAAGUGGCUCUUCUUCCGAAGGGAAGAAAACCGGAGAACAAUCCUCGAAGCACAGAAAAGAGCCAGAAAACAACUCUACUCACAUACAGCGCGCUCUAGCUGCUACGCAACUCGGGGCUCCCGUCAUUCCCUUUAUUAUCAUUUCUUUAUUUGUUGGCAACGAAUAGGUACAUUAAACGUAUUUCGAACAA